AUGGCUUCACUUAACGCUUCAUUGAGUACGGAUUCUCUUCAUUCCCGCUCAUCACUACAACCACGAACCAGAACCAUGUCUACCACUACUUCCCUCCGCAGUUUAAACAUCAAUAAUAUCAAUCCACACAUCAAAGAAGCCAAAUAUGCCGUCCGUGGUGCUCUCGCAGUUAAAUCUGAAGAAUACAGAGCUAAGCUUGCAAAAGGCGAUAAGGGCCUUCCAUUCGAUACUGUCAUAAAUGCCAAUAUUGGAAAUCCUCAACAAUUGGAUCAGAAACCUAUUACGUUCUUUAGACAAGUCCUGAGUUUGAUUGAAUACCCACCAUUGUUGGAGAAGGAAGAUGUGUUGUUGAAUCAGUUGGGCUAUAAGAAAGAUGUUAUUGAAAGAGCGAGGUGGUUGUUGAAGGAAGUAGGAAGUGUGGGUGCUUAUAGUGCUAGUGCUGGUGCUACAGGAAUUAAGAAUAGUGUGGCUAGAUUUAUUGAGAAUCGAGAUGGCUUUCCUUCAGACCCAAAAGAUAUCUACCUUUCCGCCGGUGCUUCCUCUGGAGUUAACACUCUCCUUCACGUAAUUUGUGCCGGCCCUAAUACAGGUGUUCUUGUACCCAUCCCACAAUACCCAUUAUACACUGCUUCCCUUUCCGUCCUCAACGCAAAAUGCGUCCCAUACUACCUUGACGAAGCUCGCAGUUGGGGAACCGACCUCCAAGCCAUUAAAGAUGCAUACGCCGCCGCUGUUAAAGAGGGAACUGAUGUCCGAGCAAUUGUCAUAAUCAAUCCUGGUAACCCAACCGGUGCAAGUCUCCCACCUCAAGAUAUCGAAGCAGUUAUUGAAUUCGCCGCCGAGAAAAAAUUGGUAGUAAUGGCAGAUGAAGUAUACCAAACCAACGUCUUUAAAGGAAAAUUCCACUCCUUCAAACAAAUCCUCCGCGAUCUCCAAUCUAAAACCCCAGAAAAAUACGACAAUGUCGAACUCGCUUCCCUCCAUAGUAUAUCUAAAGGAAUGGUCGGCGAAUGCGGACACCGAGGCGGUUAUUUCGAACUCUGUGGUUUCGAUCCCGAGGUCGUAGAACAAAUAUACAAAUUCGUCAGUAUAAGUUUAUGCGCGCCAGUAAUCGGCCAAUGUCUCGUAGAACUCAUGGUCAAUCCCCCCAAACAAGGCGAACCAUCCUACGAACUCUACACGCAAGAAUACAACAACAUAUUCUCGGGCCUCCAAAAACGCGCCACAGCUCUCUAUGAAGCUUUUGCCCAAAUGGAAGGUGUCGAGUGUCCCGAACCUCAGGGAAGUAUGUAUUUAUUCCCCACCAUCAAUCUACCCCCCAAAGCAGUUGAGGCUGCAAAGAAAGAGAAUAUGAGCGCAGAUGAAUAUUAUUGUCAUAAAUUACUCGAGGCGACGGGUGUGUGUGUGGUGCCUGGAAGUGGCUUUGGUCAGAGGGAAAAUACGUUGCAUUUCCGCACGACGUUUUUGGCUCCGGGUACGGAGUGGGUGGGUAGGAUUACGAGGUUUCAUGAGGGGUUUAUGGGGGAGUUUAGAUAG